CUGCCAUUGAGGGGCAUUGACUCAGUGAGUAGAAGAGGUUUGUUUGAAACAGGCCGCAAUGGAGAGACCAGCGCGCAGGGAAGCGAGGGAACAGCAGGCUCCUUCCAGCAGCGCAUCGAGAUGUGAGUCUGGGACACAGAGGGGGCUCCGAGACCGGCAUUGAUUCGGGCUCAGUUCAGGGAGAACCGGGGGCUGUAGGAAAAUACUUGCAGGAACAAGACAAUGUAAUACUUGGCCAAUACAAAGCUAAGGGUGACCAGCUGCUUCUAACAAACAACAGAAAAACACUUGAAGGACCAAGACAAAGUAAGAUUUCUUCAGUACAAUGGCAAGUGUGACCAGAUCCUUCUGACAAACAGCAGGCUGAGCAAGCAGACCAGCAACCAUCCUGCAUCACAUACACCACCCUGAGGCACACAGAUAUGCGAGGGGAUGAGGAACCAGGUCAAGGUGAAGAGGGAAAUGUUUAUGCCAAUCUUCCACGGACAUUGUGAGACAGCACAGAAGAAUCCCUUCAAUGCCUCACAAAUUGAUGGAUAGCAAUUGUUCCUUCCAGCAAAUAAGGGGGAGAAGGAAGAGAGGACAGAGGAGCGUCAGGUUUCUGCAGCUGAGAAAUGGCUAAGCUUUGUUCCCAUUCACUCAGCCAGACAUCAACUCCAAACAUGAAUUUGCCUUGAGAAGCCAUCGGAAUAACUGUCUCUCACAUAACUCUGAGUGGGCCAAUCUCUUCUGCUGCAGCAUGAUCUGACCCUUGAUGGCAGGGAUUUGAGAUUUUGUGCUGUCCAUUCCUAACUUGAGUAUCCAUUUGAUCUCCUGGUGAGUGUAUCAGGGCAGAUGAGCCAAUGAAUUGAAUCUACUCUGCAUUUAUUUUUUAAUUGUGGUGAGCUAUUAUCAGAGGUGUGAUUAUUCCCCAGCCUGAUCUUCAUUACCCUCUAACUUCAUCAUUUUCAAACAUAUAUCCAGCUCUCUCUUCAUACCUCAUAUGGAAUCCACCUCCACCACUCUCCCAGGCAGUGCAUUCCAAAUCCGAACAAUGCUCCAAAGAUGUUUCUCCUCAUCUCACUCCUAGCUGUCUUGGUGACAAAUUUGAAAUUGUGACCCCUGGUUACUGACAUAGUGGAAACAGAGUAUUCUACUUUACCCUCUCAAAAUUCUUCAUUAUUGUGAACACCCCCAUUUGUGACCCCUCUGCUCCAUGGAGAAUAAGCCUGGUUUCAUUAAUCUUUCUUUGAACGUAAAAUCCUUCAUUCCUGCUGUCAUUCUAGUGACACCUUUAAGCCAUCUCCAGAGUGUUCUUCCUUAAAUAAGGUGUCUAGAACUGAACACAAGCGUAGCCUGAGCAAUGUGGUCUUAGCAAUGAUUUGUAGAGGCGUAGCAUUACUUCCUUGCUUUGAGACUCAAUGCCUCUAUUUUUAAACUCAAAGAUCCUUUGAACCUGCUUCACAACUGUUUCAACUGGCCUGGCCACCUUCAGAGAACGAUGCACAUGAACCCCAAGAUCUCUCUGUUCCAAUUUUCCCUUUAAAGCUGUACCCUUAAGCUUGUAUUGUUUCUUUGCAUUUUUCUCAGCAAAAUGCAUAAGCUCAUAUUUUUCUGCAUUGAAAUUUAUCUGCCAGGUCUCUGCCCAUUUGGCCAACUUGUCAAUGUCCCUGUGAAGUCACUCAGUAUCAUCCUCACAAUGCACUCUUCUCCAUGGCUUAGUAUGAUCUGUAAAUUUAGAGACUUUAUCCUCAAUACCCAACUCCAAAUCAUUUCUACAAUCAAUAUAUUUAUCUAUAUAUAUCUGUCAGUUUCUCUUACGUAAACGUAUGACUAUUUACCAGCCUGUACCUGUUAGUUUCUGCUGAGAAUUGCAAGUGACAAUAUUAAUCUGUUAGCGAGUUUUGAGAAGAUUUGUAGCUCAGUUUGAGGUUCUGGAUGUAAGUUUGCUCACUAAGCUGGAAGGUUCAUUUUCAGACGUUUCGUCACCAUUCUAGGUAACAUCAUCAGUGAGCCUACGGUGAAGCGCUGGUGUUUAGGUUUCCUUGGGUUGGUCAUGUCACUUCCUGUGCCGGUGAUGUCAUUUCCUGUUCUUUUUCUCAAAGGGUGGUAGAUGAGCUCCAAAUCUCUGUUUGUUGAUGGAGUUUCGGUUGGAAUGACAUGCUUCCAGGAAUUCUUGUGCGUGUCUCUGUUUGUCUUGUCCAAGAUGGAUGGAUGUGUUGUCCCAAAGUGGUGGCCUUCCUCAUCUGUAUGCAAGGAUACUAGUGAUCGUGGGUCAUGUCUUUUGGUGGAUAUUUACCAACAGGUGGCGACAGACCUGACCCCACAACUGGAGAACCGAAUCACAGCCUCACUCAUAAAACUUCAAAAAUCUGGAGAAUUAAACAAGAGACUCUUCCAAAAAAUGAAACCAGAUGGAUCCAACACACCACGCUUCUACGGACUACCCAAAAUUCACAAACCAGGAGCUCCCCUCAGACCCAUAGUCUCACUACCUGGAACACCAACAUACAGACUAGCCAAGGAACUACACCAAAGACUAAAACACCGAGUAGAAGACUCACGCCACUCCAUUCACUCCAGCCAAGAAUUCUUGAACACCAUCAAAAGCACCAAGAUAGAAGAGGAUGAAACAAUGGUCUCCUUUGACGUAACAGCCCUGUUCACAUCCAUCAACAUCAAUCUGGCCAAAGAAACACUGACUACACUAGUAGAAGAACCAAAGACACAUACACCAGACACCACCAACCUCAUCAGCAAGGACAAAAUCAUCAAGCUCGUGGACCUAUGCCUCACCACCCACUUCACUUUCAAUAACAAAACCUACAGACAAACUAACGGUACACCCAUGGGAUCUCCGACAUCAGGGUUCUUAGCAGAGGGAGUAGUGCAGAGACUCGAACAAACAGCUCUGCCAAUCAUCCAACCCAAACUUUGGGUCUGCUACGUGGAUGACACCUUUGUCAUCACUAAACGAAACAAAUUAGAGGAAACAUUCAAGACCAUCAAUAAUAUCCUUCCUGAUGUAAAAUUCACAAAAGAGGAGGAACACAACAACAAACUGCAUUCCUAGGUACCACAGUAGAGCGACCAGUUAAUGGGGAACUUCAAACCAGCGUCUACAGGAAAACAACACAGACAGACCAAAUACUGAACUGCCUUGUCAGUGUGUAAAUGCACUUAUCGAAGUACACCUGUCAGUUCCUGCUGGGCGAAUGUGUGGGUGCUGUUCCCAACAUGUACCUGUGAGAUUCUGCUCUGUAAAUAGGAGAGUCUAGUUAACAGACUAUACUUGUCAGUUUGUGCUCUGUGAAACUGGGAGUGUAGUUAUCAUUGCGUAUGUCCGUUUUAGCUUUGAGAAUGAAGGUGAAGUUAUUCAUCUCUCCCUGACAGUUCCUGCAAUGCGAAUGCAUGACUGACAUUAGCAGAAACCAAGAGAGACUGAUAACUACAGUCACACCUUUACAUUGUAGUCAAUGUGUUGUCAUCAUUUGUGUGUUUCUGCAAUACGAACAAGUGGGUGUAGUUAUCAAUCUGUACGUGUCAGUUUCUCCUCAUGUAUCAAAAUGGCUAAGUCUCUGAAGGCCAGUAUUAUUCUCUGUGACUGUACAAAUCACUCUGUGAUAGUUAUUGUUAGGGUGUUGAGGCUGGCUCUUAAUCUCUUCUGCAUUGUGUGAUUUAUGAGUUGAGUGUCAAUCCGUGUGGUAGGUGAGGGGGGUGAGGAAGUUCAGGACAUGGGGUGAUAACAGGAGGGGAACUGCUUUAUUCUGAGAACCAUUCUGACAAAUGGUCACAUAUUUCCUAUUUGGUCAGACAGCCUGAGAUCUGUGGUACCACUGAUUAAACUGCUUGUUUCUCACCAAAAACAGAAUCACAGAUAUGGUACAGCAUAGCAGCAGACCAUUCAGCCCACUGUCUCUGUACUGGGAAUUUUUUAUGCAGCAGUUCCGCAGUAAUUGUCAGGAAUGUGAACUUCAUCUACUCAUUGUCACCGUCUAUUUGUAAAGGCCAAUAUGACAUAAGUUCUGUGGGUAUCUGGCUUUUCAUAACGAUUGUGGUAGUUUUGAUAUGUUUCCCACAGUCUCAGGGAGAGUACAUGGAUCUCAUUUUCGUAUGUUCAGUUGUGGUUUGUGUCGGAGUAGUAAACUCUGUCAAACUCUUUUCAAUUGCACUGAACUGCAUUGCAUUUCAGUCUCAGUUUGUUUUUACAUUGUGCAUGAGGUUGAGUGUGCAGUAGAAUCUAUCUGUCACUACUGGGCACUGUAACAGUCCAAUAUCCUCAGGUGUAAUCAGAGAUUUUGAGAGUCAGUUCAUAUCUGGAAAUUACUGUGAGGCCGUACUUCAUUCUUUUCCUUUUAGCAUCCACUGGCUGUGUGUGAGUGAGUUUUCCCUCGUGCUGCCAGUCUGUAUCUCAGUUCCCGUCUCCUGUCGUGAAUGGGAAACCACCGAAGAUCAUUAAUUGUUGGUGCCUGUGGGAAUCAUGUGCAAGUGAAAGGCAACACACUGCUACAGAAGGGACUCUGUGCUGUUCCUCAGAUUCAAGACUGGAAACACAAUGGGCCUUUGUAACUUGUAUAGUGUAGAGUUGAACAGGGAUUAAUGAUAUAAAGUGUUGACUGUCAGAAUAAUAUCCGUUUCUUUUUCAGUGUGUAGUGAUAUGCUUUUCUGAGUAAUGCUAAAGUAGCAAUCAGUGUAAACUGUGAAAGCCAAUGGCAGUGAACAAUUCAACUGCAUUGCUGCUGCCUGAUCACACAGUGUCGCUUGGACAGAAAAGACAAACGGGGAACUUAUUCCCUGAUGUAGACAGGACAUGACCCUGCUCUGUGCCGUGAUGGUGGAAGCAAUUACUGGUACUCUUGUGUUGUUCUAUGGAAGGGAAGUGGAAAGGAAAAGGAAGUUUAUUUUCUGUCUUGCAGUGCAGCAGAUUUAAAGGGUGAAACUCAAUUUAUUGAACAAUCAACACUGUUCAACUCUGCUUUGAAACAAAAGGAGUGUUUCACAAACCUACCAAGCAAACCAAUUUUGUCUAUUUUUAUUUUGUGCACUGCUUCGAAAGGUAACCACUUGAUUAAACUGAUUUAUUGUGAAAA